GCCGCUGGAGUCUGCCUUCUCGACUAGGGCGCAUCCAGCGCAGUUGCGCAGGAGAGCAAACGCCCCCAAUCCCGUCCCCCGCGCCGCCGCCGUCGUUCUUCAUCGUCCUCCGCCGCCGCAGCCGCGGUCUGGUCGUCGCCUACAGACCGCGUCCUCCCUCACCACCACCGUUCCACCGGAGGCGGCGCCAUGUCUCAGAACAACCCUUCCCAGCUCCUCCCCUCAGAGCUGAUCGACCGGUGCAUCGGGUCCAAGAUCUGGGUGAUCAUGAAGGGGGACAAGGAGCUCGUCGGUACCCUAUGCGGGUUCGACGUCUACGUCAACAUGGUGCUGGAGGACGUCACCGAGUACGAAUACACUUCUGAAGGUCGUCGCAUUACAAAACUUGACCAGAUACUCCUGAAUGGCAACAACAUUGCCAUUUUAGUUCCUGGUGGUUCACCGCCAGAUGUGUAAUGAGCUAGGGCUUCCCAGAGCAACCAUUUGAGGCGAAGGCAACACAGUGAACUCUGCACUUUAUAUUGCCAAACCACUGCAUAUUUUUCGAGCUCAAAUGUGUUUUCCCAUUCGUAAUUGUACCAAAGUUUAUUAACAACUCUGAGAACAUCGAACCUUUUCUUCUGUAUGGAACUUGCUGAUCUGAAGU